AUGGCAGGCGAGGCGAUGCAGACCUUUCACGUGGGUGCGCACGUGUGGGUGCCUGACCCUGAGGUCGCGUGGGAGGAGGGGUGCGUGGUGGAGGACCUGGGGGAAGGCAAACUGGCCGUGAAGAUCGAUAACCCCGCCAAGCCGGACCUAUGGGAAGUGCACGCGUCGCUGUGCUGCAUGCGCGAGCCAGAGGGCCAACUGCUGGACGACAUGGUUCGCCUCACGUGCCUGCACGAGCCUGGCGUGCUCUCCAACCUCUGCCGCCGCUACCGCGCCAACCUCAUCUACACCUACACGGGGUCGAUCCUGAUAGCGCUGAACCCCUUUGUGCGCAUACCCGGGCUGGCCAUGAGGGAGGGGGGUCGCAGCCAGGCCAUUUUAAUAAGUGGGGAGAGUGGAGCCGGCAAGACAGAGACCACGAAGCUCAUCAUAGAGGCCAUGAGGGAGGGGAGUCGCAGCCAGGCCAUUCUGAUAAGUGGGGAGAGUGGAGCCGGCAAGACAGAGACCACGAAGCUAAUCAUAGAGUACCUCGCCCGUGCUGCUGCUCACAGCGACCCUGCCUCCCUGCCCUCCCCCACCGCCGUGCUCCCCACUACCUCCUCCUCCCUGCUCAUCCACCCACCUGGCUCGCCGUCUGCUUCGCCGUCCAUAGAGUCGCUUGUCCUCCAGCAAUCACUUACUUUGUCACACGUCCCGCCUCCCCUUUCCAUUGGUGAUUGCUUCUGUGUGCCUCCUACCCACCACCGCAGCCGCUUUGGCAAGUUCAUCGAGCUGCAGUUUGGGCGCAGGGGCGGGCUGACGGGAGCAGCAGGGAGGGGUGCGCUCAGGGGGUGGUACUUGCUGAAAACUCCCCUUCUCCCCUUACCAUUCCCCGCUGUGUGCCCACUGCCCACCACUGGCAGCCGCUUUGGCAAGUUCAUAGAGCUGCAGUUUGGGCGCAGGGGUGGGCUGACGGGAGGGAGGGGUUGGCUGGGGGUGAAUCGUGCUUCAACUCCCCUUACCAUUUCCAUUAUCCGCUUUGGCAAGUUCAUCGAGCUGCAGUUUGGGCGCAGGGGUGGGCUGACGGAGGCAGCGGUGCGCACAUACCUGCUGGAGCGGUCACGCGUGGUGCACAUCGCUGACUGCGAGCGCAACUACCACAUCUUCUACCAGAUGUGCCAGGGGCUCUCCAUUGACGUGAGUCGUGUGAAGCCAGCACGCGAGCACACCACUUCCACUACCUCAACCAGAGCUCCUGCUUCCACCACUCCACCCCACCUGCCUGUCUACUCAUGCCCCCUAUUACCCCUUUUAUCCAACCGCAUCCUUCAACUCUUCCUUCACCUUCCCACCAUGCAGGAAGCAUCGGCACUACAGCUGCCCCCGGACCCCAGCACGCGAGCCCACCACUUCCACUACCUCAACCAGAGCUCCUGCUUUCACCUGCCCGGCCGGGCCUCUGAUGCCGACGAGUUUGCCGCCACCAUGGCCGCCAUGCGCGCCGUUGGCAUCACCACACAGCAGCAGGACUCAAUUCUGAAGAUACUGGCGGCCAUCCUCCAUAUAGGCAACUUCACGUUUGAGCAGAGGGACUCGGACCUGGUGUUGGAAGUUCCUCAUGCAGAGGCGCACCUGGGUGCCGCUGCUGACCUGCUCAGCCUGGACACGCACGCAGUGAUCGAGUUGCUGAUGGUGGGCAACAGUGAGUGGGUGGGUGGGCCUACCACGCCACUUAAACCCAAGCUCCCCCACCCCACCUCUCCUCCCCUGCGACCCCCUAUCCCUCCCCUCAGAGUGAACAAGGAGGCGAUGCGAGAGUGCAUUACAGUCGUGACCAGACGGGUGGGUUCUGAGGUCAUUCGCAGCCCAGCGGACGACCGCACCGCCUGCUUGCGCCGCGACGCCCUCGCCAAGGCGUAUCCUAACUAUUGUGGAUGA